AUUCUCCCGAAUUCCAGCCCACUAUUCUGAUGAUCUGCAAAAGAUUAUAUCACUUCUGCUUAGCGUCGAGCAUAAGUUCCGUCCUACCAUUGAAAUGAUUUUGCACCAUCCUACAGUGGUAACACACAUUGCUCAGGAAACUUUCAAAACUAUGACUAAAAGGCCUGAAGGCAGCAUCACUGAAUUGCGUGGUAAUAAUAAGGAAGUAAAUGGUGUUCCCAAUAUCAUACAGAAUUUGCAUGACCUCCAUUUUCCAUCUUCAUGCAGAACUCCAUUUCCAGAUGAAACUGAUAGCAAAAACUGCAAGGAAAACACUAGUGAAAGGGUUCAUGAUGUAUGGUUGAACAGGUUUCACAUCUUGAAACAGAGGGAGUCAUCUCUGAGAUUAAAGGAAUUUGCCAUUGAUGAGAGAGAGAGGGCUGUUACCAAAAAAGAGAAACAGGUGGCACUGCUAGACAGAUUGAUAAGGGAAAAAAUGACAAGAGCUGAUGUAUAUUUACGACAAUGCAGGGAAGCUCGAUCUGUGGCCAGCGUCAAGAACUUACAACAUCGGCAGUACAGCACAGCCAAUAUAGAUCUUGAUACAUCUCUCAGUGCAGAUCCUGGUGACACAAGCAUACUUCCCACAUCGACCAAGUUGAACCCAGAAUAUGUCACAAAGCCUUCACCAUUUGUAAGGGUUAAUUCUGAGAAACAUGUUCAUUUUAAUACAUUGCCAAUUACAAAACCAAAAGUGAAACAAUGCAGGGAUCUUCAGCCUCCUACCAAACAAGCCAUACCUCAGUCUGGCCUCUCCAGAAUGAGUAACCAAGUAUUACAUGACAUACAAGAACAUAUCCCAUCAAAGGUUUCUAAAAUACAUGAUAGAAAAGAAUUGCAGGAAAAUAGGAUUAAAAAUCCCUUUCAUGGCCUAGAAACAGCAAAUGAGGUCAACUUUAGAAAUGAUGUUCUGAUUGCUCUGAACUCCAAGCACACCAGCAGAAGCAGCAAUUCAAAUACGAUAAGACCUCAAUCUUGCAUGGAAGAUCUAACUGUAUGGCUUGAAAAUAAACGACAUGCUUAUCAUCUUAUUGGUACUGUGGGAACACAAAGAAAUGCAGACAAGGAAAACACAGCUGUUAGGAGUGCAGAAGUUCAGGAACAAAGAGUUACAAAAUCUGUUGGUGUGUCUGCAUCUAUAUCAUCGGCACACAAAAAUCUUGUGGGUUCACUUUCAAGCUUCAGAUAGAUUUAUGAAGUGCUGGUAUCUAUGUAUAUACAUUUAUGUUGGAACAGAUGUGUUGUUAAAUUGCUUUUCUAUCUAGAGCAUAAUUAUUAUGUUUAUUGGAACAUCUGCCCAUCUCUUUAAUGACUGCUGACAUACCUAACAUCUUAACAGUUUUAAAGUUACGUUCUGUUUUAUUGUACUGCCGACUUAUUAUCAAAGGAUGAAUGAUCACUGUCCAUAUUUUUGACUAUAAGAGGUCAACUAGUAAUAACCAGUGUCCUUCCCCCCCCCCACAUAUUUAUUCAGUGUUGUUACAUUCUGUAAAAGUGGCCUCUGUAGUCUAGAG